UCAGUCUAAGACUUGGAUAUUUUUGCUCUUAAUCACUAACUUGAACUUCAGCUCCUGGAGAGACAGUGUGCCAAAGUUUGAAGCUAAUAAUGUCAGAGGGAUUUGUGUUCAGUGUUACAGAUCGAAUCAUAAGCUGGUUGGGUUCUGCUGCAGUUCGUGAGAUUGGGUCCUUAUGGGGUUUAGAGAAGGAGCUUCAAGGCCUUGAGGACACUCUUUCAACAAUCAAAGCUGUACUCCUUGAUGCAGAGGACCAACACGUCCAUAAUCGUCAAGUGAAAGAUUGGCUCGAGAGGCUUGAAGAUACAGUUUUCAUGGCUGAUGAUGUCCUAGACGAGUUCUCAAGUGAGGUUAUGAGACAACAAGUCAAAUACAUGGGGAGCAAAAGCAAAGUGGCCAAGAAGGUAAGCACUUUCUUCUCAACCCCAAACCAAAUUGCUUUUAGGCUCAAGAUGGCAAAUAAAAUCAAUAGUGUUAGGAAGAUACUAGAUAAGAUUGCUGCUGAUAGGAGGGAUUUUCAUUUUCAAGUGAUGAACAAUGAAAAGGCUAAUGUUGUUGUGAGUAGAGAGAGAGACACCCAUUCUUUUGUAAUUGAGGAAAAUGUUGUAGGGAGGGAUGGAGAUAGAGUGGAAAUUUUGAAACUGUUGUUGGAUACCAAAGAUGAGAUUGAGGAGAAUGUGAUGGUUAUUCCCAUAGUUGGUAUUGGUGGAUUAGGAAAAACCACACUUGCUCAGCUUGUUUUUAAUGAUGAGAAGGUCCAUGAACAUUUUGAUUUGAAGUUGUGGGUGUGUGUUGCUAAUGAUUUUGAUGUGAAAUUGAUUGUUGAGAAGAUCAUUAAAGCCGCUACUAAUACUAGCCCGGAAAACCUUGAGAUGGGGCAAUUGCAAAAUAUUCUUCAUAAAGAGAUUAAUAGGAAGAAGUACCUCCUUGUACUUGAUGAUGUGUGGAAUGAGAAUUCUGAGAAGUGGCAUAGGUUGAAAGACUUGUUAAUAAAUGGUGCAAAGGGGAGUAGAAUAAUAGUAACUAGUCGUAUCGAAAAGGUUGCAAAGCUUGUAGGCACCAUAAGGCCAUAUCGCUUAGAGACCUUAGAUCCUGACAAAUCUUGGUCUCUAUUCAAAAAAUUGGCUUUUGUUCCGGGACAAGAAUCGAGUGACUCUAAGAUUUUCGAAAUGGGAAUGAAGAUUGUCAAAAAAUUUGGAGGAGUUCCUUUAGCCAUUAUAGCAGUAGGAAGGAUGUUGUACUUCAAAAAUCCUGAGAGGGAGUGGUCAUUUUUUGUUGAGAAGGAACUUUCUAAGAUUUCUCAGGACGAGGAUAACACGGUCUUACAGACACUCAAGUUGAGUUAUGAUCACCUCCCAUCCCAUCUGAAAAAUUGUUUUGCUUAUUGUAGCUUAUUUCCUAAGUAUCAUAAGAUUGAUGUGAAAACCUUGAUAAAUCUUUGGAUGGCACAAGGGUUCAUCAAGGCUAGUGAUCCAAGUGAGUGUCUAGAUGAAAUAGGCCAUGAGUAUUUUAUGGAGUUACUUUCAAGAUCCUUUAUUCAAGAAGAUAAAAGAGAUGAUGUGUUGGGUGAUAUACUUACAUGCAAAAUGCAUGAUCUUAUGCAUGAGCUUGCUAUAUCAAUAGCAGGCACAAAGUGCAUCAUGUUAGGAUCAAUUAAAGGAAUUGUUGACAGGAAAGCGCGCCACUUCUCUUUUGACUUUAAUUUGUACUCGCCAGACCAAAUUCCAUCCUCAUGGACUCAAGCGAAAAGAAUUCGAUCAACUCUUUUACCUUGUCAAUCACCAUAUGUGACUGAAGCAAGAUUUCCAAAGUUGGUUUGUGACAUGAUACUUUUAAAUUUUAAGUUCCUGCGCAUGUUGGAUUUUAAUAACAUGGGGAUCGAAAUAGUUCCUCAAUCUAUUGGUGAUUUGAAGCACUUGAGAUAUCUUGAUCUGUCUGGAAAUGGAUCCAUGAGAGCUCUACCCAAAUCUGUUAUUAAGUUAGUCAAUUUGCAGACAUUGAAACUAAAUUAUUGCUAUAAUCUUGAAGAAUUGCCUAGAGGCAUUAAAAAUCUAAUUAACCUCAAGCAUCUUGAGAUUUAUGGUGAUAACAAAUUGACUUAUAUGCCAAAUGGACUUGGCAAACUGACUAAUCUGCAAACACUCUCACAAUUUGUGCUGAGUAGAGACAUUAGCUCUGUGAUAGAGCAUACUGCAGGGCUGAAUGAACUCGCGGGACUGAACAACCUGCAAGGACGAUUGGAAAUUAGAAAUUUGAGGCAUGGGAUCCAUUAUGAAGAUGCAAAUUUUAAGGAUAAGCAACAUCUCAGAUCCUUAAUCUUAUUUUGGGAAAACUCGCUUCAUGAAGUUUAUGCAGCAGACGUUGUUGAUCAUGGAAAUGCAUUGGAAGGAUUUCGGGUGGUGCCGAGUUUGAAAGAAAUGAGAUUGGAGUACUAUAAAGGUGUUAGCUUUCCAAGUUGGUUUCCCUCCUCUUUUUCAAAUCUGGUCAUAUUUGAGCUAUUUUACUGUGUGAAUUGCCAAAAUCUACCACCAUUGGACCAAUUUCAUUCUCUGAAGAUACUAAAGCUUGGUCAUAUGCCUGCUCUUGAGUAUAUUAUGAACAAUUAUGACUCAUCAACAAAUUCUAUACUGCCAUCUCUAUGCAAUGUGGAGCUGUUUAACUUACCUAAAUUAAAUGGAUGGUGGAGGGAUGUAUCUGUCAAUGAUGAGGAUGAUUUAUUUAAUACAGAAACAGGACUACCUUUGAAUGUAGAGAAAAAGUUGUGGCCUUCAUUUCCUCGUCUUUCGCAUUUAAGUAUCGAUUAUUGCCCCAACUUGUCAUCCAUGCCACUUUUUCCACUUGUUGAAGAAUGUUUGAAGCUAAUAAACACAAGUUUGAAGCCAUUUCAUCAAACAUUAAUGAAUGUCACAGUACUAUCAGCUUCUUCUGUUCUCACUCCUCUAUCCAAAUUGAAGACUCUAUUUCUUGGUAAGAAUGAGGAUAUGGAAUGCUUACCAAAUUGUAUGAAAAAUCUCACAUCUCUUAAGGAGCUGAGUAUUAGAGACUGUCCAGAGUUAAAGUGUCUAUUUCCAGGUCUUCAACAUCUAUCUUCUCUUCAGCUAUUGGAGCUUAGUAGUUGCAACAAUCUUGACAUAUCUAACGGAAAUGCAAUUAUGUGGCACUCCCUUAGAAGCCUCCGCUCCUUGUCCUUCUUUAAGCUUCCAAAACUAGUGACACUCGUCGACGAGCUUCAACAUGUUACCACUUUGCAACGCAUCAGCAUAUGGGGCUGCUACAACUUUAUGGCUCUUCCAGAAGAGUGGAUUUGGAGACUCACUUCACUUAGGACUCUAUGUAUUUGGGAGUGCCCCACUUUAACAUCAUUGCCAGAAUCAAUUCGAAACAUGUCUAGUCUACAAAUUCUAAGCAUUCAUGAUUGUCCAAGCUUACUGAGAAGAUGCCAAAGGGAAAUAGGCCAGGAUUGGCAUAAGAUUGCUCAUAUCCCGCAUUUGGAUUUGCGCUCCAGUUCCAUUGCAGAUGGUUCAUAAAUCAUUUAUUUCAAGUUCAGAGCACAAAUGAGAACUGGAAGACUAGAGGGGAUAUAGAUUGUUCUGACCUAUUACACCAUUGGUUUUGCACCUGCUAGUAGCUGCCAGAAGAAGGACAACAAUUGUUGCAAACAAACUUGGUGCCUUUUACCUCACUAUUGGUCUUUAUUCUUGGAGGUUUCAUUGUGUCUAAAGAUUUGUUUAAGAAGAGGGAAACAACAAGCAUAUUUUUUUACCGCUUAAGAGUAUGACUGAAUGCAACAUGAUUUAGAGGAUUGAUGCAUUCUAUCUCUUUUGGAAGUUAAGGAACUUGAUGCCACAAGCAAAGACAAAGAAGAAGAUAAGAACCCAACCAACAUGGGCAAAGAUGACAUAUACAAGAAAGUCAUACUCAAAGCCUAGAAGUUCCUUGAGGAACUCAUCCACUGCCUUUGGUGCUGCACCAGGAAUUUCAAUCAGAGUCUUUUUGUCACCAACUUGGGAUGUGAAAAUGCCAUAUAUUGUCCAUGCUACUGGUGAACCCCAGUAGUACCACCUCCACCAGAUUGGAAUUAGCUGCAAUUAUAUAAAGAUUCAAGUGUUAAAAACUUCUUUUGUUGUCAUUGUAACUGAUUGUUUCACUAAAAGCUGUCACAAUAUUUUGUUUCAUGUUUUCACUAAAGAAUCUUAACAAUACUUCAUAAGAACA